CGGCAUGAAGUGAGCUUCCCACGGCUAAUUUUAGAUAAAAUAAUUCAAAAUUAUAUAAUAAAAGAUUUUUAAAAAAUUUUAAUUGAAAAAAUGACUGAAAGAAUUGAGUAAUGGGAAAGGACAGGGCCCAUUGAUGUCAAACGAGCUGGAAAUUCAUGGGACUGCAAGCAAUCUGAUUGAAACAGUAGCCAUAGAGGCCGAAUGGAAUGAUGGAGAAAAGAAAAAGUCAAUCGUCUCUUUAAAAUACACCAAUGUUAUUUCAGACGAGUCUCAACUAUCAUCAGGAGACAUCUGCAGGAUUUGUCACAUGGGUGGUUUCCCAGCGGCAACAGUAUCACGUCCCUUAUGGGAGUGGCCAAAGCAACAACAGCCCCACCAAAAUGAUAGCCAGACAUCCACUCUGUCCUCAUACGCUUAUCUUGGGCCCUUGAUAUCAGCUUGCAAGUGUCGUGGUACAGUUGCACUUGUUCAUGUCGAGUGUCUAGAGAGGUGGCUGACCGAGUCUGGUCAUGCCAGAUGCGAGCUCUGCGGCUACAAGUACCUCACCAAGAAGGUACCGAGACACGGGAUGUGUAGGAGCGUAUGGAUCUGGUUCAAUACCGUCAUUGCAACACGACAGGUUCUCCUGGAUUUUCUUUAUCUUCUGGUGACAACUCCUCUGGCUUUGUUCUCAAUAUACAUCUGUGCCCUCGCCCUUCGUCUAAUCAUCGACAGUGGCUUCAACGAAAUUCCCUGGAUGAUCGUCGCCAUGCUCCCUACCUGUUCUUUAACCCUAAUAGCUUACUGGAGUUGGUUGGUGACGUUAGGCAGGUACAUUAACAGGCUCCAUGGGAGACGCUGGCACAGAUUCUGGAGGGAUAACUUUGUCGUGAGACUUCUACCCGACAAUUCGGCUAACAGGGACGACUCCAACGCUUAUCUUCAGGAGAAUGAACUCGAUGAUUUUCUACAAAUGAAUUUUUAAUUCAUUUCAAUUCUCUUAUCUCACCUCGUGGGUGGUUUGUUUGAACAAAAGGGGGAAGAUUAAUUUCGUGCCAGCUGCUGUAUUUUCAAUCGGUUAAGAGCGGAUGUUGUGCGUGAUUCAAAUCAUUCCUGGAUACCCGUAGAGUUGUUGAAGUUGUUGGUGGAUUCAAAUUGGCUCUGGUUAAGUGAACUCCGGCGUCAUGCUACAACGAUGAUGUACGCCUGACAAGCGGCACAAGUACACGAUACCAGGCAUUAUCGUGCAUUAACAUGUUAAGUGAUCAUAAGCCGGGGAAACGAUCAUGAAGGUUCUCAAUCUUCUUCAGCUGUUGAUAAAAGGUUUAGUAGGUUAGUUGGUAUUUAUGGGUUUUUAGUGAGGCAUUGAAUUGGAUGAAACGAUCAAAUCCUUAAUUGUACGAUGAUAAAUGUCGAUGA